CUCACUACCCGUCGCGUUCUCGCGUGCCUAGGUGUCUUUAUUUGUUAUCGGUGGUACACUUGCAGCACACUACCUCGUGACUGCUCGUAAUAUUCAACAAUAUUUCUCGUAUCUCGCCGUGCGCGAACUCUGAAUAUCUCUCUCUCCCUCUGGGAGCGCACAGCACCCUCCUCACAUCGGCGAUCAUCAUCGUGCUUUGUAAGGGAAGAGAUCGAAUUACGGCGAGAGUGAUACGAAAUGGCGCAAUUAGUGCGAAUAAUUUACGAUGGCUACCGGGACCUGAUGGACAACAAAAGCGACCCGAGAGUCAACAACUGGUUCCUGAUGAGCAGUCCGUUUCCCACGCUAACGAUUUGUCUGUUUUACGCCUAUUUCGUCAAGGUCCUGGGGCCGAAGCUGAUGGAGAACCGGAAACCCUUUGAUCUCAGAAGAGUGAUGAUAUGGUAUAAUCUCUUCCAGGUGAUUUUCUCUUCGUGGCUGUUCCACGAGAGUGUGGUUUCUGGCUGGGGAGGACAUUACUCCUUCAGAUGUCAGCCGGUUGAUUACUCGGAUAACCCACUCGCGUUGCGUAUGAUGAACGGUUGUUGGUGGUACUACAUCUCCAAAUUCAUCGAAUUAUCGGACACGAUUUUCUUCGUGCUCAGGAAGAAGAACGAUCACAUUACUACUCUCCACGUCAUUCAUCACGGCUGUAUGCCAAUGUCCGUCUGGUUCGGAGUUAAAUUUACACCCGGCGGCCACAGCACCUUCUUCGGUUUCCUCAACACCUUUGUACAUAUCAUAAUGUAUUCGUAUUAUCUUCUGGCGGCACUGGGACCACGAAUACAGCCGUUCCUCUGGUGGAAGAAAUACCUGACGGCUUUGCAGAUGGUUCAGUUCGUUUUUGUAAUGAUCCACGCCUUCCAGCUCUUUUUCAUCGAUUGUAAUUAUCCCAUGGCCUUCGUCUGGUGGAUCGGAAUGCACGCCGUGAUGUUUUACUUCCUCUUCCGCGACUUUUACGUGGAAGCUUACAAAAAAAAGAAAUCGAAUAUCGCAAUAAACAUGCGGAAAGAGAAGAACAUUGAAGAUAAAAAACGUCAAAGACAGCAGCCGCAAAGCAUUUUAAAUGACUUUACAGAAAAAACCAAUGUCAACGAUAUUAUAUAUGCAAAUCAAUAUAAAAUGGCCACAGGUUAUAUCUCGGAUAGCGGGCUAAGAAAUCGCGUGUUUAUCGACAACCGAGGCUUCGACGAAUGACAAACCGAUGUUCAAGGGGACUUCAAUCAUAUUAUUCAUUUAUUCAUCGAGUUCAUUUAUUCGAUAGUGAAUUAUCGAACAGAUCGUUCUGUUGCGUUGUAGCAUUCGUUACAUUCGUGACACGAUCGAGUAAGAAUUCAAAGUCAAGAUGUAAGCACAUCCGAAAGAUAUCCAAAGAAACGCCGGAGAAAGGGAAGAAGAAGAACGCGCUAAACGCUAACAUAUCCGUGCGGAAUUUUAGAAAAUCUGAGUGUCGAACAGUACUUCGACAUAGUGUCUUGCACUUUUGCGGAUGAUUCUAUCGUUUUUUGCGUUAACCGAAUUGGAGUAUUACGCGUACAUAUGCGUAUCCUGGCUUAUCCGGGAAUAAAAGUAGAUAAAUAAUUAAAGAUAAUUAAGCGUCAACGGCUCAAAUAAAUUGCUGUAACAAGGCUGCCGAAGUAAUAAUAGGUCACUCUUCUCCAUUAGGGCGUUGAAGCGCAUCGAUUCUUCCGCGGAUUAUCUCUUUUCCGUAAAGAACGUUCUAAAAUUGUCGAUUGUACGACCGAGUUAUUAAAUCUCCUUUGUACUCGUUAUUACAUUGUAUGUCGAACAAAUUUUCAGCGUGCAAUCAGUAUCUGUGAUAGCUACUUCUGGCCACGACUUAACAAGUAAAAAAAAAAUAACAAAUAACCUCUGAUAAAACUUUAAUAAAUCGUUUCAUUUUUAACUAACGAAUAUCAUUUCAUUUUUAACUAAUAAAUUUUUAACUAAUAAAUAUUGCUUUUUUUAAUCGUUUUUGAUAAUCUCAAGUGCAAAUUAUGUACUGUAUACUUCUAAAAAUAUUAAUAACUACAUCGUAAUUUAUACAUUUAUGCGCAUGUGUCUGAAUAUAAAUAUGAAUAAGAUUAAUAUCAAAACACAUGUGUCGCGCUGUUCUCUAAAUUAUUGUGAAAAAAUCCAAGUGGCAUUUGUAGAAAUUUAUAUCAUGAGAUAAAUACCAAUUAAAGCCAUUAAACAAUAUUUCGUCAUGCCUCUGAAAUGAAACAAUGUUUCAAAAACUUGCCUCACGUUUCAUGACAAGACGAUUGAAUAAAAUUAUUUGUCGUGUUGGCAAUAAUAAUAAGAUCAGAAGCGUAAUAUUUAUUCUUUAUAUAGAAUUACUAUAAAAUUAUUGUUCUCUUUAGUGUAUUUUUUUAAGUUCUCGGAGGUAAAUCUUAUCAUCAAUUAAUUGAAUUCUAUAUUUAAUUAAUUUCGAUUGAUAAAAUGAAAAAGUUCUGUUAGUUAACAAUAAGGAUUUUUA